AUGUCGUGGCUAGCCCCCAUCAACCCACAAUCCCACCCACAAUCUCAAUCUCAGUAUGGACCCAAUCUCUCCCAAGCACAGCCUUCACGAUCAGCACCAUCAUCAGCGUCACAAUCCCAAUCCCAAUCCCAACCGGACAACGACUUCUCGGGGACACGCCGAAUCCACACCGUCAUCCGCCUCAACCCGCAAGACUACGCGGCCUACAAAGCCAGCCACGCAAAAGUCUGGCCCGACGUGGUGGCGCAGAUCCGCGCAUCGAACAUCAGGGACUACUCGAUCGCCUACGACAGGGACACGUCCCUCUUGUUCGCCUCGUUCAAGUACACGGGCCGCGACUUUGAGGGGGAUAUGGCUAAGAUGCGCGCCCACGAGCCGACGCGGAGGUGGUGGGCCAUGACGGACGGGUUUCAGCAGAGUCUGAACGCGGGCGCCGUGAGUUCGGAGAAGGCGGGCACUGCUGGCGCCGAUGGGAAGAAGGUGCCCUCUUGGUGGAAGGAGUGUGAGGAGGUGUUUUACUUGGCGUGA